CUGACACACAAAAUCAAAUCAAAUCAAAACAAUAACGCGAGUUUACGGCAAUGUCUGGUGAAGUAAUUCGAUGCAAAGCUGCGGUGGCUCGGGAAGCCGGAAAGCCGCUGGUGAUGGAGGAAGUGGAGGUGGCGCCGCCGCAGAAGAUGGAGGUCCGGUUGAAGAUCCUCUUCACGUCGUUGUGUCACACCGAUGUUUACUUCUGGGAAGCUAAGGGACAAAACCCCUUGUUUCCUCGCAUAUUGGGCCACGAAGCCGGAGGAAUUGUAGAAAGUGUAGGUGAGGGUGUGACCGAACUGAAACCGGGGGACAAAGUCCUCCCAAUAUUCACAGGAGAAUGUGGCGAGUGCCGACAUUGUAAGUCGGAAGAUAGUAAUAUGUGUGAUCUUCUUAGGAUUAAUACAGAUAGGGGUGUUAUGAUCAAUGAUGGUAAGUCGAGGUUUUCAAAAGACGGUCAACCGAUCUACCAUUUCCUUGGGACGUCAACCUUUAGCGAGUACACGGUUGUUCAUUCUGGGUGUGUUGCUAAGAUCAACCCCGAUGCUCCACUUGAUAAAGUCUGUGUUCUUAGCUGUGGCAUUUCUACAGGCAUGGGUGCAACCCUGAAUGUCGCAAAACCGAAAAAGGGUAUGAGUGUUGCUAUAUUUGGGCUAGGAGCUGUAGGGCUUGCUGCUGCUGAAGGAGCUCGCAUUGCCGGGGCUUCUAGAAUCAUCGGUAUCGAUCUAAAUCCGAGCAGAGCCAAUGAAGCCAAGAAGUUUGGUGUUACCGAAUUCGUGAAUCCAAAAGAUCAUGAUAAACCAAUCCAUGAGGUCAUUGCUGAGAUGACGGAUGGUGGUGUUGAUAGAAGUGUUGAGUGCACUGGAAAUGUCAAGGCUAUGAUUUCCGCUUUUGAAUGUGUUCAUGAUGGUUGGGGUGUGGCUGUACUUGUUGGGGUCCCGAACAAAGACGACGAGUUCAAAACUCUUCCUAUAAAUUUCCUGAACGAGAGGACUCUGAAGGGUACCUUUUUCGGUAACUAUAAGCCCCGUACCGAUAUUCCAGGUGUUGUCGAGAAAUACAUGAAUAAGGAAUUAGAAGUUGAGAAGUUUAUAACACACAGUGUUGGUUUCUCGGAGAUCAACAAAGCGUUUGACUACAUGCUUAAAGGUGAAAGUCUCCGUUGCAUCAUCCGAAUGGAUGCAUAGGCGGGUCACGUUGCGUAUGUUAAUAAUAUAUGGUUUUUAGUAUAUGAUAUGCAUGCAUAGAGGAAUAAAGCUUGGUACAAUGGGACUUAUAAUUCCCAUGGAAGCUAGAUAUAUAACAUUAUAUGGUAUGUAAGGUUUCAGUUUUAAUGAUGCAACUUUUUUGGUGUUGGUAGUUAUAAAAACGUUUGAUUUCCAUCCA